CGACUUCUCCCCCACGUCACGCAGCAUCGUCGUCCCUCACCGCAAUCUGGGUGAGGAUUGAAGAGGAAGGCACAGCAUCCAUCCAAGCAUCAAGACCCCGAUUGUUCAGCAUCUCGCACGCACGCAUCCGCACACACGCAUCCGCACGCACUCGCAUCCUAGCCUCUCUCGUCCGCCCGCAAUGACCCCCGCCUCAUCACGCACAGGCGGCCUCGCCUUCGGCAUCCCGGCCCAGACGGGCGCACGAGCAUUCAACGCAGAAGUGGCCGAGCACUUGCGCAUCUUCCGCGACCUUAUCGAGAAGGGAGAAGCAUGCGUGGCCCGUUUUUUCCAUAUGGGGGCGUGCCCGACGGACUUGGGCUUGCAGCCGCUCACAACGUACCAGAUUGCAUUCCAAAAGACGGCCUCAGUCACGAACCUGACCAUCAAGGGCAAGCACGAGUUCCUGCCCGGCUCACAUCUCGCAGAGGUUGCAGCAGCCAAGACUCCGCGACGUCGCAAUGCCUCUGAGGGCAAGCUAGCUAAGAAGAGACGUCUUCAAGCCAUCCGCGAAGAGGGAGAGGGCAGCGCUGGAUCGGGCAGCGGUCAGCAGCAGCAGCAGCAGCAGCAAGCAGGCGAAGCUCAGGCGGACGACUCGGGCUUUGAUGCUGAUGCCUCAGGGGAGUACGACGGUCAGCAUGGAUACGAAGAAUACGAGAGGGAGCAAGAGCAGCAGGACUACGUCCGCAGCAUCAAGAAGCAUUGUACUCCGCACGCCCGCGCAGCGAGUGAGGCGCCAUACGAAGAAGGCGGAUACGAGGUUGCUCACGACGACGGAUACGUCGGCUACGAGGGAGACGAGUCCAUGAACAGCAUCGUUGUCAAUCUCCACCCGCCUACGCCUCGCAAGCCGAGCAAGCCGUCCUCACGUCGCCCGGGCCCACCCCGCUACUCCGCCCGCUUGCGCUCCGGCUCCAUCACCCCUGCGACGUACGGCCUUGACGACCUGCGAGAGCCCUAUCCCUCGAUCCCGCCCUCAACAGCCGCGCCCAGCGAGUACUACUACGAGGACGGCGACGAGACAUCCAGCAUCGCUGCUGGCAGCGAAGCUACGACGCGCUCCAACAUGACGGUCACCCAGGCGACGACGACCAUGCCUGCUGGUGGCUGUCAUCAAGGGUCACGGAGACGCUCUAGCCGACUCGCGAGCUUGCCUCCAGGCACCCUUGAACAGGACCCCGUACUGGACGCGGCCUACCAGCUCGAUGGAGUGGCAUUGGACGCAAACCAGAGCAACAGCCUGGAGGACAUUUCCUACGAGCCCAUCGACGAUGUAGACAUGCUGUCUUCGUAUGGCGGCGGGUACAGCAUCGCCUACUCCGAUCCAGAGGAACAACGCCUUGCUCUCGAGCAGAACGCGGCAGAGGCAGCGAGGAGGGAAAGGGAGCUCAGGAGCCUUCCUGGACCACCAAUGGAUAUCAGUGGUAACUUCGACGGUGAAGCUAUGAGGGCUUGGCAGGCUGGGCUGGCCGCAAGUGGGGCGCAGAUCAAGAGCGAGCCGGGCAUUGGGCUCUAAGCCAGGAUGGAGCAGCAUGCCUUACCACGGUCAGGUCGUACACGCAGCAGCACACGCAGAUGGCAUUUACAUCACUCAGCAUCUAGUCUCUUCAUUCACGUUCUCGCAUCCUGUCUCGUCUCAAAUCGGCGCUCGUAUGACGCAUUCAACUCUGCAUAUAAACUCGAACAAAGGAAGUCUCUUGGCCCGGACUCGUAACGCCU